GCUGACAAAUCAUAACAAAUUCGAUUCAUUUCUUUCGUCCGACUGAAUUCGUUUUGUUCGCAGAAUGAAGAAAAAUCUACUUAUCAAUUUAUUGUUGCUGAUGCUCAAUGGAUUCCAAUCGAAACCAGCUGCUCCCUCACCUCCUAGCUCAUCUGCUCUCCACGAUGCCAUUGACAAGCUCUCCAUCGUUGCUCGUGUCACCAAUGCAAUCACGAUUCAAAAAGGACUCAACGACAAGUCAAUGAAAGUGGAUAAUCUUCUGGAUGAACUUCUGAAUAUUUCACCAGGUGACGGGUUCUCUUACCUUCAGAGUCUUGAUGUGAAAAAGGCAAAAGAGGGAUACAUUGGUAUUGCAAAGGAUGCGGGGGCGUUGACGAAGAGUUCACUGGAUGGUGCAAAGAAUGCUCAGAGAUUGAAGCAUUUGGGAGAUAUGGGAAAGAAUGUGGAGAUGUUGAAAAAGGCAAAGGAUGCUGAUUUGAAGGAUGCUAUUGAUAAAGCGGAGGGAGCAUUGAGUUUUCCAGCAGAAGACAUUCCGUCUUCAAUAGAAACAUAUUCCAAUUCCCUGAAUGUCUUUUUCGAAUUGGAGUGGAAAUCAGCAGAUGCAGAUAAAAAGAUAAUUGAUAGCAUUCCUAAUCUUCAAGAAAAGCUUGAUCCACUUGGUAUCAUUUUGUCUGGUGCACCCAAUUUUGAAACUAAAUUGAAAUCGAUCUGGUCGUUUAUCAAUCAAUCACAGAAUUUCAAUAUUGUUGAGCACUUAGGCGAGGUGGUGGAGCCGUAUGUGAACUCAUUCAGUGAAAUAAAAAAGCUCACGGGAGAUUUCAAGAAUAUGAAAAAUGAGUUUUUGGCAACUAUUCCACUAUUCAAACAAUCCAGUUUAUUGAAUUCCAUUGAAGAAUCAAUUUCAAAAAGUCUGAAGAUUGUUCUGAUCGCUUCAUCAAAUUCUACAUCAAGUCAUUCUUUGACGUCGGGUUUUCUCAACAGGAUAAAAGAUGUACAAGCAGUGAAGGAUGAUUUAAAAAGUGAUUGGUUCGUAGAAAAGAUUGCUGUAAACGAUCAAAAAUCGUUAGACAUUCUUAAAGAAUAUCUAUCUGCCUUUGAUAGAAUGAGUUCACAGAUUGUAGAAAUUGGAGCAACUUUUACAUCCCUUCAACCAUCUGCUAAAAGUAUUAAUUCCGUGAAUACAUCGACAAUCUUGUUCAGUUCACAAAAAGACGUGUCUCCUGUUGAGCUUGAAAAGCUGCAAAAAUCGGUUUCAGAAGUUGGUGGAUGCAUCGAUAAGUUGUUAGAAACAACAAUGAAAGUUAAUUUUGAUGAGUUUCGAGACACAAUUCGCAAUUUGAAACAAUUGGAUGUUGCCGCUAACCAAACAAAAUCACUGAUAAAGAAGAUUGCUGAUCUGAAUGUUUACGGAGACGGAAAGGUGUUCAAAUCACUCUUAGCUGACAUUAAAAAAAUUAAUGCAACUGCGUCAAUCGCAAUAACAAAGGGCCAAAUUGAUGCAAUGAGAGCGAAUGAAACCUACAAGAAAUUUGCGGAAAAGGUCGCAACAGCUUCAAAGUAUUUUGACGAAAUAAAACAAACUGGAACUUCUAUUUUGAUCAGAGAUACUAAUAAGAACAUGUCAAUUAUCAAAAACAUGCAAGAUGUUUUGAAAAGAACAAAUCUGAUUACCACCCUCGAAUGCCUGAAGGAUAAGAAAUUUGAUAGCAGUUUGGCCUCAGACUUGAUGAAAUUUGGUUCCAACAUCCGUGCAUUUGGAGUUCAUGCAAAGAAUGAUAAAGCAACAAUUUCAUUUCUGGAUCAAAUAUCGAAACUUCAAAAUCUGUACUUUUCUGUAAAAAAAUCAUUAGAUGAGAAACGAACACGCCGAGCUACCGGUUCAAUUGAUCCAGCGAAACUUCCUAAUCUUUUGGCAUCACAAGACCUUGGAAAAGGACUGAAUCUUCUCCGACAGCUCAGUAAGGUGUACGACAAGAAGAAUGUAGUGUCCACUGCAGCGAGCUCCACCGAUCCCGUUUUUGCAGAAGUUCAGAAGAUUCUAAGAACAACCGACGCCUUAUCACUAAAACUUGAGCUGAAAAAGAUGUUGUUGAAUUUGGCGAGUUUGGAGAGUUUUGCAAAUAAUCAUACUGGUCAAGGCCUUCGAGAACUUGGAGCCAUAUUCGAAAAGGCUAGUGAAGUGUCUGGAGUUACUGUCAAUUCGUCAUUGCUAGAAGAUCCAGUUGCCAAAACUUUGAGCACUAGCGCCGUGAAUGAUAUCAAAAAAGCUGCUCCAUCCUUCAAGACUCUCGGAUCCCUGAAGUUGAACUAUGCUAACCAUCGCUCGACUUUCAAAGGUGCCUCGUUGAGUAUCGUGAAAAUCGAUGAAUUCUUCUCUGAUUUUUUUGCGGCUGGUGGAAAUAUCGAGAGUGAGGAUAGUGUUCUGGUGUAUGCUGCUAUUUCCAUUGGCGGUGUACUUCUUAUUACAAUUGGUGCUGUAGCUGGAUAUUUUAUUUGGAGACAUAUACAGGAGAAGAAAAUUCAGAAUGAUCCAAAUUAUUCACGCCAUAAUGGAUUAACUAUUCAAAAUCAAAUUAGAGUUCCUGGACCGAAUGAUUAUAAUCGUAACAGAUACAUAAAGUUGCAUGAAGCAAUUCGUGAGAAAAACUAUGAAACAUUUAAACGAUGUGUCGAUGAGGGAGCAGAUGUGAAUGCCUUUGGUGGCGAUUACGAAUUCUUCACUCCUCUUCACAUGGCUGUUCAAGAAGGACUGCCCAAUUUUGUAGAGUAUCUCAUUCGCAACGGUGCCGACGUCAACAAAAUAGACAGCAACUACCAACUUCCCAUCGAGUUGGCUGGAAAAGUGGAGAAGCGGGAUGAGCUUCUUGCCGUGUUCAACAAGUUUAAGGGCAAAAAGUUCCCGCGGAAGUUCCCCAAGUUUGGACCCGAGAAUUACAAAGUUUGGUGCUACGUGAAUGAACUUGAUAAGGAUGAAACCAGCGAAUACUACAUUUCGAGAACGGAGUUCAGCAAACUAUACGCUGGAAAUGUGGUCAGAAAAGUGGAAGAUGCAACCCAUAUUGUCUUACCGGAAAAUGAGAAUGGAUCUGUCACGUUUGAUUACACUAAGGAUUUUGAUUUCUAUAAGAUGAUUGCAUAUUUUUUCAAAAAGACAGUCGUCAUGAAAUCAUCCUGGCUUAAAGCAUCAAUCAAGGAUCGUAAGAACUUUGUUGAUGACUACAAGUUUCAAGUGGAAGAAGUGUGUAUGAACUCUACAUCAUUCAAAACAUGCCGACAGAUUCAUCGACACGUCCAGGAGAGCCGAAUUCCCUAUUUGACCGGCGUUAAAGUGCAUCUUCACUUGUUCAAGAAAAUCAAGAAAGAUUUGUCAAAGUUCAUCAAGGACCUUCUUUCUGAAUUGGGAUGUUUUGUUUACACAACCGGUACACUGCCGCAUUUGCUGGAUCCAGAUUAUGCUGCAACGAACGAUAAGAACUUUCCAUCCAUGUACCAUCGAGAUGAUAUCGGUCCACACAUCAUUGUCACUCCUUCAGAAGAUCUGCUUUGGAAAAAAUGCGACUUUGUGUUCCAUAACAACCGUUUCUUGAUCGUAUCGCCCACUGAACUCAUCGAGUUCCUUUUCGAAUUCAAAAUUAACCACUAUAAGAUUACUGGCAAAAAAGAGAAGACUUGUAUUGAGAAAUGGGAUUCAGUAGAUCAAAAUAUCGCUACUCGAAAGAAACAAAAGAAACCGACCGAGAAACUUGACCGCAUCGAAAAAAUUUUUGGAGUCAACCUCGGGGAUUAUGAUGGUGACGAUGAUGUCUUGCUGCCGUGAUGAUGAACAAUUUUUAUAGAGUACUUCUUGUGUGAAUAGUGUAGAAUAGAAUGAAAAAUUUGAAUUG